CCGCCGUUUCUCUUCACUUACGCAGUCUGGUGACCACAUCGCCUCCUCCGGCAUCAUGACCAACGAUUCCCCGGAGGAGAGCCGCGCCGGAGGAAGAACAGUUCCACGCAGGAACCGCGCCGACGACAAUGUCACCAUCCUGACGUCUUCCACGGAUUACUACCGAGGGAACCGGAGCCGGGCCGGCAGCAGCACAGACGCCGGGCCAAGCCUGACAUCCUCGGUGGAGCUCAGCUCCUCCCUGGAGCUGAGCAUCCAGACGCGGAUCUUUAAGAUCAUCGUCAUCGGAGACUCCAACGUGGGCAAGACCUGUCUCACCUUCCGCUUCACCGGAGGCAGCUUCCCCGAUAAGACCGAGGCCACCAUCGGGGUGGACUUCAGGGAGAAGGCAGUGGAGAUAGAAGGAGAGACCAUCAAGGUACAGGUGUGGGAUACCGCUGGGCAGGAGAGAUUUCGCAAAUCCAUGGUUGAACACUACUACCGCAACGUCCACGCUGUUGUCUUUGUGUAUGACGUUACCAAAAUGGCUUCCUUUCGUAACCUUCAGACUUGGAUAGAGGAGUGCAACGGUCAUCGGGUCUCGGCGUCAGUACCCCGAGUCCUGGUGGGAAACAAGAGUGACCUGGUGGACCAGAUUCAGGUGCCAUCCAAUAUGGCGUUAAAGUUUGCAGACUCUCAUAACAUGCUGUUGUUUGAGACAUCUGCGAAGGACCCAAAGGAGAUUCAAAACGUGGAUGCCAUCUUCAUGUCCUUGGCCUGCCGACUCAAAGCCCAAAAGUCUCUGCUGUACAGAGACGUGGAGCGAGAGGACGGAAGAGUCCGACUUGCAGAAGAGACUGAAACAAAGAGUAGCUGUCCCUGUUGAGAGAAAUAGAAGUACACACAUUAAUAGGAAAGUAAUUAUUCAUGUAACGUGUACAGUGUUGGAUAAGGGACAAGAGGUACUUUUGGGGUAACAUUGAUGCUAAAGAAGGUUUGAAUCAGGAACAGCGGAAAAACACUGACGAUCUUGGAAAGAGAUGAUAGAGGAGAGAAAGUGAGUAGUGACAAAGGGAAACAUUUAUAGACCACUGAGGACGCACCAGCUUCACUGCUGGGACAGUCAGCAGACACUGCGAUUAUGUUUGGACAGCAGCCUUUCUCUGUGGCUGGUAGGUUUUUGAAUUGUUUGCCAUUACAGCAACAAUAAAUUCUUUUGUCAACAGUCUGCACCCACUGUUCAUACAAGUCUCCAUUUGUUCAAUGGAUCUUUAAAGCUGCCUUAAAAACUGCCUAAUGGUCUUCAUAUACACAGUGGGCAUUUUUUCCUCUAUAGUUUAUGAUCACAUGUCAAUGUAUGCUGUGAUCACUGUGAGAAACUUAAACCCUUAUGAAGUCUCAACUCUCAAGACUUUUGUUCUUGAUUCCACUGAUCUGUUUUCAACCAUAUAGUGUAAACUUCAGUUUCACACUGCCGUCCAGCACAUAACAUUAGACUAGUCUGAAUACCUCCGUGGAUUGAGUUCUAAAGUGAGGGAUGUUUUUCAGCAGUUAUGUACCACAAAACUUGAUGUGAUCUAACGCUGAGAUUGAACACGGUUAUUUGUUGUGUAUUUGACCUGUCUGUUUUUGGUUCUGUUUUUUUUUUUUGUGCUAUGGCGAAAGGACAUACAGUAACAGAACUGCGACACAUGCAGAAAUGCAAAUCCUGCUUGGAGUCCAUAAGAAAUGAAAGCUUCCUACCAUGGGGGAUUAUUGAGCGCCUAUGAUGUGACUCUAGAUAUGUGCAAAUAAU